UGUAGACACCUGAGUUUCGCUUGUCAACAUUUUCGUGUACGCAAAUUACGUUUAUUAUUAUUAACUUUUUAUUCACCAAUUAUUUUUACACCAACAUUUAAUGAAAAUUUAAGAAAAAAAAGUAGUUUAAGGAAGACCAAAUUCUGAGUCAACCAGAAAAGGACUUCCCAACCAGAGAAGGUCACAAGAAAGACACAGAGUGUAGGGUGGAAGUUGGGAGGCGAUGAAUGACCGGUCUAUCUUGAAGCAGCUCCCGAAACAUCUGAUCUUUCGUAUCCUGCACUUCUCCCUGAUCUCCCAGCAGUUGCGGGACGAGCUGGGAGGGCGUGCAGGAGGUGGUGAGGUCAGGACGAAGGAGGACUUCUCCAAGGCACUGGAGUGGCAGCCCUUCGCCCUAUGGCUAUCCAAUAUCCUACUGAACUACGCCGGCGACAUCAUGGGUAAUCUGCUGCUGGGCCUUCUCCCCCUUGAGCCGCUUUGCGAUGUCUCCGAUGUCCUGCUUAGUUCACUUAUCUGGUACUGCAUAUUUUACUGUCCCUUUGACUUGGGCCACGACUUGGCCAACUCGAUAGGCUUUCGCUUCCUGGCCACCACCAUGUCCACGAUCAGUCAGUUGCAGCUCAUCGAGCGAGGCGUCCACCAGGCUGGUCAGGUGUACAACAAUGCCAUUGUUCCCAUGUUAAUUGUGGGCACUGUCAUGGGCAGUGGAGCAGAGGUUCUAAAGCCAAUGGCUGGGAUCCUAAUCAACAGAUGUCAGCAGAACCAAUUGGCUUACAUUAAGAUGAGCAACAACUCCAAGCUGGCCCUGUUCCUCUCCAUACUCUAUGUACUGGAGAUCUAUAAGAGUCCCCUGAUCCUAGGACUCACACGUCAUCAGCUGCUGGUCUACUCACUGGUGAUGACCAUGACCUUCAAGUUCCUGUCGCUGGCCUAUCGCAUGGAGCACUUCAUCUGGCUUAUGGAGCACCGAUUGUGUUACACAUUUUUCGGCGGCCUUUCAGGGGAUUUGAGAAAGUUCUUCAAACACCAGCGCAAGGCCCAUAUCCGGCAAGGGUGGAUGCACUCGGAAUAUGAUUGAAGCUGUCACUGGGAUUGCGCAAUUCAACCAACCCUUCAAAUCCCCUCCAGACUUCAAUGGGGAAAGGGUGUGGAUGGUUGGGUGACGAGGUAAGCGGCUUAGGUUACCUCCUCGCCCAGCCAACCGAUGGAGGAACGGCGGCAGAUGCCUCGCUUGAUCGGGUUACGUAUGCUAAUCAGCUUAGAAAGAUCCACGGGAGUGGACAGACCAGACCGGAGCAGAGCAGAGCCCUAGAGCAAUGGAACGCUGGUGCCGAGUGCCAGGUUACGGCCACGGGUUAGUGGCUGCCCCUUCGCGGGUCUGCCUCCAGAUGUACUGAGAAAUUUAU